AUGAAUUCCGUCGUUAAACCUGUGAUGCUGCUUGUUGUUGGUAUGCUCUUAUUAACAUGCACCAUAAAGACACAGCAAAUCAAUCCAAACAUUGUCAUUACGGCAAACCCUUUGGGAAACACCAUUAACGCAUGCCAAAGCAACCUCACUCUGAGUGUCAUUAUUGCAACCAUUCCAAGUGUUCAGGGAGGUGUCCUUCUCUCAAGAAACUUUACAUGGCUCGUCAACUCAACCACAGCUAGCACCCCUGCUGGAAGUGUGAUAUCGACGCUCUCUGGUACCACUGUGAAUACGAGCAUAAUUAUCGUAAACACUCAACUUCUCAAGACCAACACUAAAUACUUCUUUGGUGUGAACAUUACUGAUCGAAUUCAAAACCGAACCACCAUUACAACAGUUUCCCAACUCGCUUUCCUCAACAAUGCUUUCUCAGUCAAUAAUGGAACUGCUAUUGGUGGAUCACCUGCACUUCCUGUUUGUCAUACCUCCGUCGGCGGAGGAGGUACUGUUCCAGUAUCUCAGUCAAAGAAGGGUCAAGUCAGUGUUGCUUCACCUUCAGUCACGUAUGGUGGUGUGUUGUAUCAUGUGACUUGUCUAGCAGUGACCUUAUUAGUGAUAAGUGUUUCAUUGAUGCUCAUCGAUGUAUUCUUUUAUGCAACUGGUUAA